AUGAAGGCGCUGCAGGCUCUCCUGCUCUGCUCCUCGCUGGCAGUGCUCGUCCAGCCCGGCUCCCUCCAGCCGUACCUCCGGCUCAGGCCCUCCCCUAGCGACAACCUGCCCGUCAAGGACAUCAUUGAGCAUCCGGACCCGGAGUACGACCCCAAGGAGCAGGACCUGGACGAUCGGACUUUGCGUAAGAAGCUGGGGAGCAACUUCGACCCCAAUUUCAUGUCCGUGCUCGCUCCAGCCCAGGGGAAUCUCUCCAGCUCUGACCCUCUGCACCGGUUCAAGGGGUUGGGACCCCUGCCCAGUGAGCUGAAGAAGCUGGACCUCGGCGAGACGCCCUAUGGGACCAAGCUCAGGAUGGGCAAGAAGGCCCGGAGGAAGUUCCUGCAGUGGCUCUGGGCGUACACUUACUGCCCGGUGCUGUACGCCUGGAAGGAUCUGGGGAGCAGGUUCUGGCCGCGCUACAUCAAGGAAGGGCGCUGCUUUGCCGAGCGGUCCUGCUCCUUCCCUGAGGGCAUGUACUGUAAGCCAGUCAAGUCCGUCACCAAGACCUUCCUGAGGUGGUACUGCCAAGGGUGGUCAAGGCAGAAGUAUUGCACCUGGAUCCCUGUACAGUACCCGGUUAUCUCGGAGUGUAAAUGUUCCUGCUAG